AGCGCACGCACACGCACAUGCGGUCAGACCAGACUUGUCACACUUGCCACCGUCACUUUAUCAGUCAGUCGCUCUAUUUGCCCUUCAUUCCCACGCUUUGUUUUGGUCUGUCGUCCACCAGCCGGCGUGUCAUCUAUCAGCCGGCGUGUCAUCCAUCAUGGGAGUUGCACAUUUUGUUUGAAAUAUCUUCACGGUGCACAAACAAUCUUCACAUCGUCUUUCAACACACACGCACACACGGGAUGUGUUGCAAACACGCAGUUGCAAAACGAACAGGCAAAUGUGCAAUACAGCCUUGAGAUAAGAGUGGAAUUGUUUCGACGUUGCCUCCUGGCCCUUCCCGGCACAUGGCCGAUAUUUAGCCCGUUCCACAAUGUCAUUCGAGCGCUUGUCAGACAGCAACCACUGUUACUUUUCUCCUAACUCUUGUUGUCCGCUCCCACCGGCUGGAUGAAAAGCCGGGUGGAUGAAAAGCCUUAUUGGCGGUACUUGGGCACUUGCCCAGGUACUGAAAGAGGUGGCAUCUCUUGCAUCCGUAGCCACGGGGGAGUGGGGCUUGCACCCCCACCCCCUUAAAUUUCUCCCGCAACAGAAUACUAGAAAUCCGCUCCGGGGAAGUACCCCCGACGCAAAAAUAUGGCGCCAUAUGAAGGCGGCGGGAAAGCCCUCAGGACCCCCGCAGCACGAUUGAGGGUAAACCCCGGAGCAACCGGGUCGUUGCGGUGGUGCAGAGGUGUCGCUCACCCGAUCGCGAAACCCUCGGUUGAACCUGAGGCGUUCGGUCCGGGCGGCCGCCUGAAACUCCAGGAUGACUCCCGCGUGCCCGCCUUGUCGGCGGAGCUUGGCAUCGCGGUGGCUGCUUUCUCUGAAGUGAGGCGGCCGGGCUCUGGCGAGAUCAGGGCAGGUGGAUACACCUACCACUGGUCUGGUCGACUCGACGGUCAGCACAAAGUGGGAGUGGCCAUUGCGGUGGCAGACCAGGUGGCGUCACAGAUAAAGGAGGUCACGUCGGUCUCGGAGCGUAUUAUGCGACUAUGGCUCGCACACUCGUUGGGUGUAGUGUCGUUUGUCGCAGUGUACGCUCCCACCGGGACGAGUGGGCUGUCUGCGAAGGAAGACUUCUACGCUGAAGUCAGCUCGGUUGUGGACGCUGUUCCUGGGAGGGACACGCUGAUUGUUCUUGGGGACUUCAAUGCUGUCGCUGGUACCUGCAGGGAUGGCUACGAGGCAUGUGUCGGUCCUGACGGCUCUGGAAAUUUCCCCAAUUGGGAACGUGACACCAGCUCCACCAUGAUGCUUGACUUUGCCAGGAGUCAUGGUUUGAGAGUUGGUGGAUCAUGGUUCCAGAGGCCGGAUUCGUGGCGUUGGACCUGGUAUUCAAAUACCGGCCUGGUCAGGAAGAAGAUUGACCAUGUACUCGUGGACGGUCGCUGGACUACGCCUUCGCGCUCCGAGGAGAGCGGCACCCGGCCAGAUUCGGCUGGACAUCGGUCGACUGCAGGAGCCUGGCGUGGCGGACGCGUAUGCCGGGAACUUGGCUGGGAGCGUUGGUGGGCUGGGCGCAACGGAGGACCCGCAGGCACUUCAGAGACGCAGUCCUGGCGGCUGCCAGCGAUAGCAUUCCAGAGAUCCCUAGGAAUCGUGGGAGUGCCCUUUCCCAGGAGACGUUGGACAUAAUCGGCAAGUGCCGCAAGGCAAGACUCGAUGGCAGAACCGGUCGCUACAGGGAACUGAGGCGAGAACCCAUUCGAGCUGCUGGUCGGGACCAUGAGGGGUGGGUUCGAGAUCUCUGUGAGGCGGUCGAGGUUCACUUGGGUAAAAGUGACGCUCGCCCAGCUUACGAGGCGAUUCGAGAACUCAGCUCGUCUGGGCUACGCCCGCGCAGCUCAACGGUCCUCGCGGCUGAUGGCAGUGUCCUCUCGGAAGAAGAUGGGCUGAAGCGCUGGGCCGAGUACUUCGAGGAGUUGUAUCGGGCCGAACCUCCACGCUGCGAGCUCUCUGCUGUACGCAUCCAGAACCUGGUGCCUAACCCACCUCUCAGCAUUGAUGCGCCGACUCUUGAGGAAGUCCGAAAGGCUCUGGGCCAGCUGAGGGAUGGAAAGGCUCCGGGAAUCUGCGGUGUCUGUGCAGAGAUGCUCAAAGCUGGAGGGGAUGCCACGCUCCGGUGGUUGCACACGCUUAUUUGCUCCGUAUGGAGCUCGAGGCUCAUCCCAACCGACUGGAAAAGGGGCGUUGUCGUUCCUAUCUGGAAGGGGAAGGGUGAUAUCCGGGAGUGUAACAACCACCGAGGGGUUACCCUUCUCUCGGUGCCAGGCAAAGUCUUCGCCCGGGUACUUCUAAACA